AUGGAUGCGGUGAAUGCAAUGAUUCAAGAAAAGCCAGUGGUGAUUUUUAGCAAGAGUUCUUGCUGCAUGAGCCACUCCAUCGAAUCAUUAAUACGUGGUUUUGGAGCUAAUCCAACGAUUUAUCAGCUAGACCAACUUCCAAAUGGACAUCAAAUUGAAAGGGCACUCGUGCAGCUGGGAUUUCGACAGAGCGUACCUGUUGUGUUCAUAGGCCAAAAGCUGGUUGGUAAUGAAAAGCAGGUGAUGAGCCUCCACAUCAAGAACCAGCUAGUCCCAUUGCUUAUACAAGCAGGUGCUAUUUGGAUUUAG